AUGACAAGCGACGACCAGUUCUUUCUCGACUUUCUCUCCUUCAUCCCGCAUGACGUAAAACGAUACUCGGCAGAGGUCGCCGACUCAAUCGAUCGCCAUGUCGACCACGCAGCGAGCGUCAUCAAAGACACCCUGACCGUCUAUUUUCCUAAUAUAUUACCCGCUGGAUCGCGCAAUGUGCCUGCUUUACGACGGCCGCCGCCCAAGUCGGUCACGGAUAAGGUGUACGACUGGGUGAUGCGGAAUAGAGCAUGGACAGCUGCCUUGGUCGCUUUCUUCGGAACGGGCGCAGUUUUAUAUUUAGGGAGUCGGACCCUUGAUAAUAAGAAGAGAAGAGCGCGACGGGCGGGAAAUGGCGCCAGGAAGGAAAUAGUUGUAAUCGCUGGUUCUCCGCACGAGCCUAUGACACGAGCGAUAGCGGAGGAUCUCGAGCGUCGUGGAUUUAUAGUAUAUGUUAUUGUGCAGUCGGCGGAGGAAGAACACACCAUUCAGAUGCAGAACCGAUCUGACAUUCGGGCAUUGCAUUUGGAUCUGACAAUCACACCCUCAACACCCUCCGAAAUCCAUCCUGCGCUACACGGAAUAUACUCUCUCAUAUCGCAACCACAGUCCCCGGCGCCCGGCAUCCAGCCUCAUACAUGCCAGCUGAGCGGGCUCAUAAUACUACCUUCAUUAAACUACCCCACCGGUCCUAUACCAACAAUUACAGCAUCCAGCUGGGCCGAUACAAUCAACACUCGACUUUUGUCACCUAUAUUAAUAACGCAACUGUUCAUUCCUCUCCUCACACACCGAAAUCACAGCAGCUCCAUCGUCUUUCUCUAUCCAUCCAUCUCAUCAUCACUAUCAGCACCCUACGCCGGUCCCGAAGUCGCCGUGACCAGAGCGCUAUCCGGGUUUGCUACUUCCCUUCGACAGGAACUUCGUCUUUUACAAUUCGGCAACGGCAGUCCAUGCAAUGUCGACGUCAUCGAGAUGAAACUGGGCAAUAUCGACCUGGGUCCUCACUACCGCAUGCCCCAGGUCGCCGGUACAGAGAUCCUGGCCUGGAGUCAACAUCACCGAUCUCUGUACGGCCCUUCUUAUUUAGCAAGCGUCGAACAACGACCAGCUGCAUCUGCUGGACCAAAUGCUAUCCGCGGGUCACCUGCUAGGGCACUGCAUAAUGCCAUAUUCGACAGUAUAGCGCCACCCCGCAAGUCUGCCCUUGGAAGAAAGAAGAGAAGAAAGGCCGUCGUCUAUGUUGGACGCGGAUCUCGCUCGUAUGGAAUCAUAGGUGCUUGGAUUCCGACUAGCCUUGUUGGAUGGAUGUUGGGACAGAGUACUCCGCCGCAAUCUGCUUCGGAUAGUGGGAAUAGUAGUGAGACUGGGUGGGAGAGGGUAUAA